CCCAGAAUGCACAGCGUCGCGUCGCUUUUUUCGAUUAAUUGUCGUUGGACUUCAUUUUACGCAAUCGUCAGCAGCUGUUUAAAAUGGCGCGUUCACGGGCAGGAAUCCACACUAACUGACGCCACUGACGGCCGAAUGGAUUGGAAUGGAACAGGCUCUAGUAGAACGCCAAGUUGGUCGACGUCGCCAUGCAAAAGGCGCAAGCGAGGUGAUCGGAGACGGAGAGCGGAGCACGACCUGCCACGACAGGCUGGCUUUCCAUUAGACGUAACGGGCAGAACAGACAGAUGGACGAACAUCGCCGUCUCAGAGGAACUUCUGAAUUCUGAACGACCGCGUGUCGCAACGUCGCGAAAACGACGCCGACUGAGCGGCGCGCCACGCCCGUGCCAAUGGAAAGCCAGCGCAGCCGUCUCGCAGUCGAUGUGACUAUCGUAUCAUGGUGAGAAUGAAAGAGGAAAAAUAUUACCUACACGUCCGUGCCAACGCCGCGCCGGAAAGGGAGGAGAUGCCCUUGUUUCCGGUAUAUGUACGCGAUCGCGACUCGAUCGAGAGCUCGAUUAGCGCCACCUUCGCUAUUCGAGUUUUACGGUGGGCUCUUUCAAACAUGUUUUACGCACAAGAUUAAUUGCUUUCGUGUAAUUUGGCUUGAAUUGGCCUAAAAAAAUAUAUAAUCG